AUGAACGGCUGCAUCUGCUGCACGGUCCGCGGCGACCUCGUCGAGGCGCUGAAGCGCAUGAGCAAGAAGCUGUCUGCCUUCGACGCUGUCCUGAUCGAGACUACCGGUAUGGCUGACCCCGCCCCUGUGGCGCAGACCUUUUUCGUCGAUGACGAGGUGCAGGAGAAGUUUCGUCUGGACGGCAUCGUGACAGUCGUCGACGCGGCACACGUAGAGCAGCAUCUGGACGAGGAGAAGCCCGAGAAUGUCGAAAACGAGUCCAUCGAGCAGAUCGCCUUCGCUGACCUCGUCAUCCUGAACAAGACCGACCUGCUGUGCAAGAAGGACGAAAAGCUGGCCGCCGCCGCCGCCGACGACGACGGUGCCUGCAACGAGACCGACGCCCGAGCCCCCUACGGCAACAACGCCAUGCCCCCGACCGACGCCGACACGGCCAAGGACGCUUCCAAGACGCCGGUCGAGGGGGCCCUGGCCAAGCUCGAGGCGCGCAUCCGCUCCAUCAACCCGUCCGCUCCAAUCAUUCGCUCCGAGUUCUCUCGCGUGCCGCCGAAGAAGCUGCUGAACCUGUCCGCCUUCGACCUCCAGCGCGUGCUUGAGAUGGACCCCGAGUUUCUUGAGAGCGACGGCACCGACCACGUGCACGACGACUCCAUUUCCUCCGUUGCCUGGUCCUUCCCGGGCCUGGAGCUGAACGUCAACCUCCUGCAGCUUUUCAUCAGCAAGCUGAUGCAGGAGCUUGGCACGGAGCUCUUCCGCUACAAGGGCGUCCUCGCUGUCAAGGGCUGCCAGGAGAAGUUCGUCUUCCAGGGCGUGCACAUGCUCUUCUCCGGCGGCUUCGCCUCGGAGGCGAUGGGCCCCGAGUCCGUCGAGAUCGACCCCAAGAUGAGGCCGAACGGCGACGGCACGAAGGCCACACCGCCGGGGCUCUGGGCCAGCGACGACGAGCGCGAGUGCCGCUUCAUCUUCAUCGGCAAGCACAUGAAGGAUAAGCACGCUGAGCGCCUCAAAAAGGAAUUCCUCGCGUGCGCCGCUGAGGACCCUCUGCGCUUCGCCGUCGGCGACUACGUCGAGGCACGCGCCAGCGGUGGCUGGAAGAUGGCCAGGGUCCUGAAGACCUGGGACGCCGGCAACUGCUACCGCCUCGAGCUCCAGAACGCCCGUAAGACCAACGUGUGGGGUCCCAUCGACGACGAAGCGUUUGUGCGCCAGCCCGACGAGGCCGAGGUCGCUGCGGCUAAGGCCAAGGCUGCGGGCCAGAAGCAGAAGGUCUAA